AUGACGAGGCUACAAAGUACGAAACGGACUCGCUUGCUAGCUCUUUUAGUGUUAAUUGGGUUGACUGCGCUAUAUCUUACAUCUAGUGACAAGAAGAGAAUAAAAAGCAAACAAGACGCCAUUUUUGGUAAAAGUUCAGAGGAUGAUGAUUCAGAGCUUGGCAUUUCAAAUCAUUAUUUAAGCUCAAAUAAAGAGCAGCUGAAUGAUCAACCUCAGCAGGAAGAUACAGAUGAAUAUGAAGACUUUGCAAGCUGGCGGGCUAGACAAAGAGCUAAACUAGGAUCAAAUGUAAAUAGUAACUCUAGUCUGACUCAGGAUGCCCAAUCAGAAUACAACUCCAAGAAAUAUGAUGGAGAUUUUGAAGAGGAUGAAGAGGAGAUUUUAGCAGCUUUGAGGAAUCCCCACAAUUUUUUAGGGGAUAUAGGUGAAUUAGAUGAUGAUCAAUUGGAGCUCAUUAAAAAUAUUUAUGACAACUUUGAUGACAACGAUACAACAGCGAAUGGAGCUUCCUCUAUACACCUGAACUCCCGAAGACCAGUCAUGGAGUAUAAAGAUUACCCAAUUAUUCCACAGGAUUUCAGUAAGUUGAAAAUAAAGCGACUCAAGUUUAGAAUUUAUUCACACAAUGUGAAAAAUGGUGGUCAUACAGAUUUGGUAGUUGGUGAAGACAAAUGGCAUGAUAGGUUUAGGAAAAUUGCUGCUUCUAUUGACUUCCAUUCAAAGCAAAAUACUGUUGUAACGUUACAGGAACUUUAUAGAUUUCAGUUAAAUGACAUUUUGCAGGAGCUUAAUAGAUAUACGUCAUCAGGUGAGCCUGAAUGGGCCGCUUAUGGCGUUGGAAGAAUAGAUGGACAAGAGACAGGGGAGUUCGUCCCAAUUCUUUAUCGACCGAGUGAAUGGGAACUCAUAUUUAGUGAUUCUAUGUGGCUCAAUCAAAUCAAUCCUAAGAUGGCAUAUGAGGGAUGGGAUGCUAAAUAUCUAAGGAUAGCGUCAUUUGUGACUCUAAAGCAUAGGGAAACGGGAAAUUACAUCAAUGUUUUUAAUACUCACUUCGAUCAUGUUGGUAUGAGAGCACAAGCAGGUUCAUCUGUAUUAUUGAGGAAUACUAUCGAUGACUUCAAUAAAUGGCCGUCCUUCAUGUGUGGUGAUUUAAAUUCAGAACCUGGGUCCAAGGCUUAUAGUGUGUUCAGCAAAGCAUUCAAAGAUUUGUCACACUUGACAACACCAUUUAACAAAUACGGUCAUCUGAAAUCGACAGUUACAGGAUUCGAGGGCGAAGUGUUAUUACAAGGAGGUCAAAAUAUUGAUUAUAUAUUUGGCCCCAAGUAUUCUCAAAAAAUGAGCAACGAGGAUAUUUGCAGCAGUGAAUUAUCUAGCUUGCCAUCGGAUCACUUAUCUCUCAAAUUAAGGUCAUGGGGUAUGCUACAUUCAAAGUUUGACGGAGUCUACAUGAGCGACCAUAGGCCAAUCGUUGCUGACAUGAUAUUGGAAGGUAAAUGCUAA